CCGCCGCCGCGCGCCGCAGUCCCUCCCCGGCACAGAGGACCCCCACCGCGCGGAGGCAUGCGCCUGACGCGCCGCUCCUGGUAGCGGACCCGCGCACGGACCCGCGCCGCCGCGCAUGCCCGGACCCGCAGCUCGGUGUCGGACCGUCCCGAACCAUGGCGGAGCGCAGCGGCCGGCUGAGCUUCGGCGGCGGGGCGCUGAACAGACCGGUGCCCAUGAACCUGUUCGCCACCUGGGAGAUCGACGGCUCCUCCCCGAACUGCGUCCCGAGGUUGUGCAGCCUGACGCUGAAGAAGCUGGUGGUCAUGAGGGAGCUGGAUAAGGAGCUGAUCUCUGUGGUCAUCGCCGUCAAAAUCCAGGGCUCCAAACGCAUUCUGAGGUCCCAUGAGAUUGUGCUGCCCCCUAGUGGUUCUGUGGAGACAGAUCUGGCGCUCACCUUUUCCCUGCAGUAUCCUCACUUUCUAAAGCGAGAAGGAAACAAGCUGCAGAUCAUGCUCCAGAGGAGGAAGCGCUACAAGAACCGGACCAUCCUGGGCUACAAGACUCUGGCGGUGGGAUCCAUCGACAUGGCAGAGGUGAUGCAGCAUCCCACCGAGGGGGGGCAGGUCCUGCCUCUCUGCAGCAACCAGAAAGAUCUGCUGGGAAAAGUGGCGGAGAUCUGGAUCUUCUCGCUGUCCAGUCAGCCCAUCGACCACGAGGACGCGGCGCUGCAGGGCGGCCAGAAGAUCAAAUGUUCUGAUAACUACUCGGAGGAGGAGUACGAGAGCUUCUCCUCGGAGCAGGAGGCCAGCGACGACGCCGUGCAGGGACAGGAUCUGGAGGACGACGAGUUUGAUGUUCGGAAGCCAAAGAAGCAGCGGAGGUCGAUCGUCAGGACUCCGUCCAUCACCAGACAGCAGAACUUCAAGCAGCGCGUGGUGGCGCUCCUGAAGCGGUUCCGGGUCUCCGAUGAGGUUCUGGACUCGGAGCAGGACCUGGCAGAGCCGCCUCCGGAGGUGGAGGAGGAGGAUCUGGACCUGGACAGCGUGGAGUUUGAGAACCCCAGCGACAGCGGGCCGGAGCUGGACGACGACGACAGCGUCCUGAGUACACCAAAACCCAAACUGAAGCCAUACUUCGAGGGCCUGUCCCUCUCCAGCUCUCAAACGGAGAUCGGCAGCAUUCACAGCAGCCGGAGCCACCGGGAGCCUCCGAGCCCGAUUGAUCUGGAUAAAAGCAAAUGUGGAGGGGCCAACUAUCCGGAUGAGCGAGUGUCCGACAACAACUGCUUUGAGCAGCCGGAGGCCGUGACCCCCACCACAGAGCUGGAGAUGGACAACAUGGACACGUUCCUGGAGAGGCUGCCCCCUAGUGGCAAGAUGACCAAAACAGAGUCGCUCAUCAUUUCCUCCAACAGGCAGGAACCAAAGCUGACGGGGAGGCGGGGCCGGAGCACGUCCCUGAAGGAGCGCCAGCCCAGCCGGCCGCAGAACGAGAGGGCCAACAGUCUGGACAACGAGCGCUCGCUGGACACGCGCUGCCACCUACAGAUUCCCAGAAAGACGGUUUACGACCAGCUCAACCACAUCCUGGUCUCAGACAACCAGCUUCCUGACAGCAUCAUCCUCAUCAACACGUCGGACUGGCAGGGCCAGUAUCUGUCAGAUCUGCUGCAGAACCAUCACUUCCCAGUGGUCUGCACGUGCACCACCGCCGACAUCCAGGCUGCGUUCAACACCAUCGUGUCUCGCAUCCAGAGAUUCUGCAACUGCAACUCCCAGACGCCGGUUCCCAUAAAGAUCGCGGUGGCCGGAGCGCAGAACUACCUCAGCGCCGUGCUCCGGCUGUUCGUGGACCAUCUGUCCCACAAGACGCCGGACUGGCUCGGCUACAUGAGGUUCCUCAUCAUCCCUCUAGCCCCGAUGAGGACUCCUGUCAGAAAUUCAUCCCCUUCAUCGGGAUGGUCAAAGUGGCGAUUGUGGAGCAGACAUCUGCAGCAUCAGGAGACUCUGACGACGCCGCUCCUCUGGGCUCCUCCCUGCUCUCCUCCACCCCCCCACAGGUAUCACCCGCCUUCAAGGAGGCGUCGCCCACGCCGCCCUCCUCCCCGUCCGUCAACACCAGCUUCUGCGCCUACAGCUCCAGCAGUCAGCCGGAGCUGAUGGGCCUUCAGGUGGACUACUGGGUGGCUCCAACGGAGAGGAAGAAAGACGUGGAGAAGCGGGACUCCUCCUCCUCCAAAAACACUCUCAAGUGCAAUUUUCGCUCGCUGCAGGUCAGCAGGCUGCCACCGGGGGGCGCCGAGCCCAGCCCUCAGCCGACCAUGUCCAUGACCGUAGUGACAAAGGAGAAGAAUAAAAAAGUCAUGUUUCUGCCGAAGAAGAGUAAAGACAAAGAGGUGGAGUCCAAGAGUCAACUCAUCGAGGGGAUAAGCCGCCUCAUCUGCACCGCCAAGCAGCAGCAGACCAUGCUGACAGUGCUGAUUGACGGCGUGGAGUGGAACGACGUGAAGUUUUUCCAGCUGGCGGCUCAGUGGUCGUCCCACGUGAAGCACUUCCCCAUCGGGAUCUUCGGACACUCAAAGAGCUCCUAUUAGGAGACUGAAUCCCGGAGCCCCGCCCCCUCGCUUUGCCAACCGCUUUUAACCUCCUCACUUCCUCUGCACACGUUAUGAAGCUGUCUUAAUUUAAGGUUCUCUCCGCUGUCGCGUUUGUCCGGUUAUUUAAUCUGUUGAGUGUUUUUUUCUAUUUAUGUUGACAGAAAUGUGGCUGCUGAGGAAAAUGUCUUCACUCUGCUUUUUAAGAGGAAUCCUGCUGAUGUUUUCUAGACUAAAUCAAUUAAUUCUUGAGGCGUUUCUGUCCCGAAGAGGCUUCAGAGGUACGACUUUGCUGUUGGUUUGUUCUCAGCGUUCCGCUCACACAGUUUGUACAUAUUAGAGGAAGCUGCCGUGUUACAGAAGUGAUAUUUUUAAAACCCAACAUGCAGGAGUUGAGCAGCCUCUAUGAAGUAGUGAUGUGCAAUAGACUGAAAACUGUGUCGGAUCAGAACCGCCUGGUCCUGUUCAGCAGGUGGACUUGUGGCGUGUGCUCCAUGAACCCGCCUUGAUCCGGACUCUGUAUAUAACAGGUGAUUGGAAGGUAGCUUUGGAUGAAAACAUGUUCAGUCAGAGCCGCUCGUUUCUCACAUUUGACUUCUUCCGGUGUGGAUCUCUGAGGGGCUCCUCCUCGUCUCAGAGUUCUGAAAAACUCCACGACGUUUUUAGGGAUCUGGGCUGAACUUCAGAGAGAAGGAGGCGGAAGUUUGGUGGUUCUCAUUCGAGUUCGUCGUACGUUAGUGUUAGCAGCUUUUCACACAAUCGUCUCAAAUUUUUCAGGCUUUAUAAUUAACAGUAAAGAAAUGGGCGGAGCUUAAAUACUCCUCAACGACCAUGUAGCUAAGAAAUGUUGAGUGUAUAACAAACUGGAAUGAGUGAGUGUAAUGUCAUCCAUAGAAAAUGUUUAUUUCUGGCUCCAACCCAAUUUAGUCACCGCCAUGUUGGAACCAGACGCCAUCAUUGAGCAGUGAUUGGUCCAAGAUGUUGUGAGUCAUCGUUUCUAAGCUCACCAAUCAGGAGUGAGCUU